AUGUGUGCCUGCCAACCAACGUUGGCGGUGAAGUGCGCAAGCUCGAGAACCUUCAAAACCAGAAAGCCAGCCCCACCUUAUGAGGAUUCGCCUGCCUCCUCGACAAACUCAACGCAUCAUUCAAAGUCAUCGGAGAAGACACCUUCAAAGUCAUCGGUGGCAAUCAAAUCGAUAACUACAGCUUCGACGUCAUCACCAACGCCAGCGGCCAACGGACAUAAUGCAUCUAACUCGUCGUCGAGUGAGGAUGAUGAGGAGAAUCCAUCGAGUGAGAAGCCAGAGAAGCGUUCAUCCAAUAGCAACAACAACUCAUUGAAGCGCAAGUCAAAGGAGAUCAACUCGGCCAACACCACACCCACUCAGAACAAGAACAAGCGCGUGAAGCAGCCAUCCGAAUCACCAAAGUCCGACUCGGCCAACGAGGCCCCGAGCAGUAGCAACACGGCCACCACUAGCAGCACCACCACAACCACCACCACCACCACAAGUGGCAACGGAAGCGCAUCCAGCAAUAGUAAUAGCAAUAAUAGUAGCGCAGGCGGUAACAAUGGCAGUACCAACGCCAAGUCCGACUCGACAUCGUCCACGGCACAAUCAACGCCACAAAAGUCAUCAAGCUCGACCGAGGGCGCCAAGACUCCGGACUCUGCCGCCAAGGACAAGGAUAAGGAUAAGGAGAGCAGCACGAUACCAAUUGGCAUACUGGUGGCCGCCAAGGAGAAGAACAACAACUGGAUCCUGGCCAAGGUGAACUCGUUCAACGCCAAGACGCAAAAGUACGAGGUCAUCGAUGAGGACGAGGACGAGUCCAAGAAGUUCAAUGUGGGCCUCAAGGACAUCAUUCAACUGCCGAACCCAGCCUCGUUGCCGCCCACAUUUGCCUCUAGCACCAAGGUGCUGGCGAUGUUCCCCGACACCACUACAUUCUAUCCGGCCAUCGUGGUCAGCUCACAAAAGGUCAAGAGCAAGACGACACACUAUACACUUCAUUUCGACGAUGACGUCAAUGAGAAUGGACAGACACCAAGCAGGAAGGUUGCAGCACAAUACGUAGUUUCCAAAUGA